UCCUACGGUGCUUAGCUUUGGUUUUUCAUGAUGGCAUAAACAUUAUCCGGAAACGUACAUGAAACCGCAACCGCCGUGCUGGUGCACCGCUGCAACCGACGAGGACGUCCGCCCGGGCCGCCCAAUCGAUAUUACCGCCCGGCGAGGGAAAGCGCAGCGUGAAGAAUCGGCAGCAACGCGGCGCCGCCAUUGAGAAAACGAAAAGAAAAGCGUGUACUGCUCCCCACAAACAACAAGAAAGCCCAUAAGAAAAAAGGGAGUGAGAAAAACCGUUUCGAGGUCGCCGGAUGUGAUAAUGUCACAAGCAGCGGAGGGAUCAGUCGACGGCAUGGAGGAUACAGCGACAUGUAACCAGGAAAUACCGCCGGAGGAUCUCCAGGACAUUGACACCAAUAGUCUGGAGCCGGGGGAGGUGGUGACACCGCCCCAUCACCAUCCCGGUAGCCCAGCUGUCAAGAAGAUUCUCUCCAAGGACCUUAUGAUCAGCAAAACCCUGCGAAAGAUACCUCCUAGUAUCCUUGAAAUGGCUCGCAAGGAAAACGGCACACUGGGUACUCCUAAAAAAUCAUCGGAGGAGGCAGACGACAGUGAGGGCCUCUAUUCAGAUUCUGAUUCUUCUGGAGAGGAUCUAAAGAACCUAGAGGAUGUGCAAAAGGCCAGGAAGGAAAAGCAAGAGGAGGCUGCAGCCGCCGCCCUUCCACAAGCUCCACCCACCCCCUUUUUAGGAAUAAAUCCUCUGAGAUUCCAUAUGAGAGCACCUUGUUUUGACUUUCCUCGAAUGGGUUUCAUGCCCCGAAUGGCCAGAGGUGGGCCUAGGGGCAUGCGACCGCCCUUUUUCGGUCGCCCGCCCGCUCCCAAUCGUAUGGGAGCACCGAUGAUGGGUGCCCCAGCCCAAGGACCUCCUCCAGGUGCCUUUGGACAACCGAAGCCGCCAGGACCGGGAAGUAACACCAAUUCAGCACACGGCAGGCGACCUCAAUCGGAUGUGGUAUGGACAGCCUUGCAGCCGCCUGUGUCCUUUGUCUUCAAUCUAGUUUCCGAGUGCGCUAAUUCAAAACAUGAGAAUUGCAGGACAACAAAACCGGAACAGGUGGCACCCAAAUCCAAGGAAGGUACAAGCGAAAAAGAGGAAAAGCCAAAAGAGCAAUCGAGCAAAAAUGAUCGAUCCAGGGACAAGGCCAGGGAAAACUCCCAGCAGAGAAAUAUCGAGAGAGGAAAAACAAGAGACACAUCACGUGGAAAAACCAGGGAGAGAUCCAAGAGUAAAAAUACAAGCAGAGGAAAAACAAGAGAAAAGUCCAAAGAUAGGGAUUUAGGGAGAGGGAGUGCUAGAAAGAAGUCCAGGGAGCGAGAUGUAAUUCGAGCAAAAAGUAGGGGGCGAUCUCAAGACCGAAAUCGAAGCAGAUCAAAGAAAAGGGACAGGUCCCUUGAGAAAUAUCACACUAGAGGUGAAUCAAGGACGAAACCAAGGGAAAGAUCGCAGCUACAAGAUCAAAUGAGGGGGAAAGCAGGUGACCGAUCUAGGGAUCCAGAUACUAUGAGGCAAAAAACACCAGAAAGAUUGCAUGUCAGAGAUUCAAACACAGAAAAACCUAAAGAGAAAGAUCACACCCGGGCGAAGUCAAAGAUAAGGUCCAAAUCCAGGGAAAAGACAACAGAAAAACCAAGGGAAAAGCACAGAGGUUUAUCCAGGGAAAAGCUGAAAAACAAAUCUAAAGAGCAUGCUGAAAAAUCAAAUGAUGAAUUCAAGGAGAAACCGAAAGAAAUCCUCGAGGAUAACCUGAAACGAAAGCAACGAGAAGGAUCCAACGAGAAGAGAAGAAAACGGUCUAGGGAAGGACAGCAUGUGAAAUCAUCUGAAAGAAUUCAAGACAAGCCACCAGAGGGAAAAUCUGAAGCGAACCGAACGAAAGAAACAGAAAACUCUAAAGAAGCUCGUUUGAAUGAUGAACUGCCGAAUCCGUUGGUUAAAACCCUGGGCGAACGGUUCGUAGACAAGCAAAGAAGGCGAUCCAGGGAAAAGUCACCCACGAAGUGCUCCAAAGAAAGCGCCAAAGACAAAACCCAGGAGCCUUCGAAGGAAAAGAAAGACGACCUAGCAAAUAAAAGGGAAUCGGAAACUCCCAGGGAAAAGCGUUCAGAAAGAUCUAUGCGAGCGGCAACGCCUCAUGACUCCAUCGACGAAAAUAUUAAGGAAAAUGACUGUAGUUCAAAGAGAAAAGGUCAGGCUUCUUCUCCCCGGGUAAGCAAAGAAGGAACUCCUCCAAUGACGCCUCCACAGAUUCAGACGCCUCUGACUCCAGCUAGUGAAACGCCGAAGCCCAAAGGUUACGAUAUAUUUGCCGACUCACCUCCAAGAUCAAUCACUGCCGAUAAAGCUCCAGCUGUAUUUAUCGAACGAAGCACUACGCCUCCACUGAAAGCGACUCCGGUUUCAAUUCCUAUUGCGCCCACUCCAAAACCUGACAAAUUGGCUCCACUUCUCAGGGCCAGCGAGAUUCACAGUAGGAUAGGUGCCCUGCUCGAGGAUAGCGACUUGCAUUUGGAAGCCCUGUUGGCUACCAAAGAGCAGCUGUUUCGCCGAACCAACGAAUACAAGGAGAGAAAAGGACCGCCCAAGGAGAUUAAAACAGAACCUCAUCCAAAUAGCUUUAGGAGUUCUGGUGUUAGUGGUAAGGAGUACGAUCACCAUAGCAGACAGCCAAGACAUGUAAAUCCGUUCAAGCGUGAAUCAGUAUUAAGCGGGAGGAAUACCUACUCGCGUCCUCCGAGCAAGGAGAAGCGUCCUCCAAGCAAGGAGAAGCGUCUUCAAAAAAAGGAAAGCGAAAGUGAAGAGGAUUGGGACAAAAAUAUAGAAAAGGACCAACAUCACCAACGAGUCAACGUAUAUAGAGAAAUAAGCGUUAAGAUUGAAAAGGAUCUUACGCCGCCGCAAAAGCCAGCCUACCACACUACCGUCAUCAAAAUCGAACGCAAUGCCACGCCCCCUAGGGAUGUGGAGCGUGAGGUACUGGUCAGAAAUGGGGCAGUGGCGGCCAAUGCACCUCCGCCAGCAAAAGAGCAAGAAAGUCCCGAUACAGAUGACUACAUUGACAACUGGGAAAACGACGAUUCAAUGGCCAGUAUACCGAAGAAUGCUCUUCCCGCAACGCCCACUCCUGCCCCCAAUUCCAAUGCAUCUAUAAAUGUCACACCAUUGCCUCCGCCAGCUGCUCCAUUCGAUGGCGACGAUGACGACUCUAAUGCCCUGUGGAAUGCCAAGAGCACGCCACCUCCUCGACCUAAGGAAGCGAACCUGCCCACGAGCAAUAUCCAUGAGUUAUAUGACAAAUUCAUGAAUAGUAUUAAAAUGUCCGAAGAGGACUUGGAGGCCGAAAUGCUGGAUGUCUCCAAGAACAGUUCCUUGAGCAAUUCCACUGCCGAUGAUAGUUCCUCGGCAACAGAGACAUCUUCAACAAGUAGCACUAGCAGCGGAUCGGAGGAGGAUUCUACGUCAGACAACGAAGACGAAAAUUCUUCGGAUGAGGAAUCCGUCUCAGAAGCAGAAAAUUCCAAAACAAAUCUCGAGGAGAUUCCUGGAAAAGAGCAGCAACAAAAGAAGAACAACGUCAGCAAGGAUCUGCGCAAACUAAAAAGCCUCGAAGACAAUCUGGCCAGGAUUCAAAUGAUGCGCGAGAACUACGAUGCCGGCGAUGAGAUCUCCGAGGAGCUGCUCAAAAUGGAGUCUCUGUUUCUCAUGCAACGCAACGCCAUAAUGGACAAGUAUCGCAAACAGGAACUGAAGAGCAAUGCAGCUGAGGACCAACAGCCACUAGAAGAACAAGAAGCACCUCCGCAACCAGUGGAGGUUGAAAAAGUCACCUUGCCUGUAAAUAACAUUUUUAAUGCGAAUCGUGAGGCCAUAAAGCUGACCAUCUCGCCCCUAAAACUCACAAGAAAAUCGGCUAUUUUCGACAGGGAUGAACCAGAGCAACCGGAACCAUCCAAACCUGCAGAAGAGCCGCCUAAGCCAGCGCUGCAAAAGCCACCUAAGGAGAUUGCCAUUGUGAAACCCACUAUUGUCGAAUCCCGAUCGAAGCCCAGGAUAUUGAGGAGUCCACCACCGCCUGCUCGUCGCAGGUCUCGAUCGCGUUCUAUCUCUAGAAAUAGAGCUCGUCGUCGUGGCUCCAGACCCAAGACUCGUUCCCCAAGUCCACGACGCUGGCGUCCUCCGUCGCCAAGAAGGGGAUCCAGAUACGCAAAACGAAUCGUUGGCAUAACAGCAGGAGGAAUGAAAGUGGGACGAAGUCACAGCAGGAGUUUAAGUAGGAGUCCAACGCGGAGCAGGAGUCCGACCAGGCGGAGACGUCUGCCACCGAUAGUUGGGAAGAGAAAACGUGGUUCGUUGUCUCCCAUUCCAUCCAAAAUGGGUGGACCACGUUCGCCACCUCCUCCCCGCCUGCGUCACUCCCUCAGUCGCGACAGAGAGCGGGAUCGCUUCUCCCGCUCGCGUUCGCCGCUGCCCUUUAAGCCACCAUCGCCGCCCAUGCGACGCAGUUGGUCCAAAUCCCGUUCACCAGCCAGAAGAAGAUCCUAUUCCAGAUCGAGAUCCCGCUCCAUAUCACCCAAAGGCGGCAGUUUUGCAAACUAUUUCGAGGAGAACCAGGGCAUGGAGGCGGCUGCCUACUACUACAACAUGUCACUGAUGCAGCAGGAAGAUCAGGAUACAAUGGGCGAGGGCUAUGAUGCGUAUGCCGCAUACAUGGACUCCGCCUACAACAUGGAACAGGCAUAUGCCCAGUACACCGAGGAUUACUCUAAUUCGUAUGCUGAUUACAUGGGAGAAAUGAGCACUGCGUCAUUAACUCAACCGGCGGGUUCAGUGCUAAGGGAACUGCCCAUGGCACCGAUGGCUUCCAUAACACCGAUACCUUCUGUGGCUCAGAUGCCUUCAAUGACACCGAUAAUUCCCACGGCAUCGGUGUUGCCUGUGGCAGUGCAAAAGGGAAAUGUCUUGGAGAUUGUGCCUUCCGGCGAGGACUUAAUGGAACCGCAGGAGAAUCCACUGCCAGCUGAAGCAGAAGAGCCAAUUGAGGAUAAACCCAAAAGGAAAACCGUGAACUUUGUGGACAAUGUGCUACCCACUUAUGAGAGCGAAAACGAAGAUCGCGGCGUGGUUGCCAUGGUGGUGGAACGGGCAUUGCGCCAAUAUCAGGAGAGGCGGUCGCAAGCCGCCGCCAAGCUGCAGCAGGUUCGCGACGAGCUGCUAGCUCUGCCACCACCACCACCGCCUAUGACGCCCAAGCCAGCCAAUCUAGAGAAGCCCGUUUUGGUGCAGAAGAAGCCCAAGUUCCGGUACUUCCAUUUCGAUUUCAUCAAGGGAGCGAUAGUGAAGUCGCACUCACGAGUGUUACGUUCAGCAAACCGGCCGCCUUUCGAUCCAAAGCACUUUGCCAUGCUGAUGAAGACCGGUCGGUUGCCACCGCUUCCGCCUGGAUUCCUUCGCCACCGCCCGCCAAUUAUUCCCGCUCAUGUGGACCCUGCCACGCGGUCGGCGAUGCUGAAGGAGUUCUUCAGCAAGCAUCCGCCGCCGUCGCUACCGAUGCCCCUGCCUAUUCCGGAUGGGAUGCCCUAUUACCUGAGCGGACCACCGCCGAUGCCAAGUGCCGCUGUACACUCCCCUGUGCCUGUUAGCGAACUGCCUCAGCCCAUUCCCGUGCUGGAUGGAAGUGGUUAUCAGGGCUAUACCCAGCCGGCGAGCAUGGUACCAACGCCGGUUCCGGUUCCCGUUCCUCUACCCGUGCCGCUACCUGUGCCCGUGCCUGUUGAAGCGAACCCUUCGCCACCGCCUGCGAUUAGAGCUCCUUAUUUCACACCGCCACCUCUGCCUGAGCUGCCAGCUCUGCCCGAAUUGCCGUCUCAGUUCGCUGAUAACUCUGUGCCCACCAUGACAGAGAUAAUGCCCGUGGAUAUCCUACAGAAACUGGGUCCGCUGCCAAAAACUUUAGAUGUAGACGACGGAGGUGGAACAGGCAGUCCUGAGGAAGAAAACUGCGAUCUCAAGGAGACCGAAGCGGAGUCAGUCGAACAGCCAGUGGUGGACGUUAAGCCGCAGCUCCUUGUGGAGUCCCAGUAGCGCAGAUCCGUCUCCUCUUAGUUUGAUUUAUUAGCCAAUAGUCUUUUUUAGAUAAUUCUCUUUAAUUAUAAACAAUCCACAUGUUUACAUGAAACUCCUCUAAAAUUAAGCUCAAGUUUACUUUUUAAAGUUUUGUUUUUAAUUUUUUUAUUUUGACCAUAAGCAAAACGCAUUUAUCGAUUAAAAGUCUUGUUAGGUUUAUUCAGCUAUAAGUUUGUAUGUCACUAAUAUAUAAUUCGACUUGGACUCAAGUCCAAUGAUUUCUAUAAGAAAAUAAAAAUGUAAAUAGUUCAAGCAGCUUAUGAAUUAUUCAUGGAUUACCAUUCGGCUUUACACAACAUUGCAAUCAUGUAUGAGUCAUCUAUUAUAACGAAAUGUUUUUCGAAUAUUGUAAUAUUAAAAUUUUUAAAUUCGAUUGUAUGUGGUUUUUGUAAAGUGAGGUUUUAAAACUACGGGCAUUGUGUGAAUGUUUCUCGUACAAAAUACAGACAUGAAAUACAAAAACUUAA